ACCAUGCUUCUUGUCCCAGCUGUUCUCCUCAUUGUCCUACUAUGUCUGGUCUGGACAAUAUGGUUGAAAGGAAAACCUAAGGACCAUCCACAUCUGCCACCAGGUCCUCAUCCAUUCCCAGUGGUUGGCAACAUUCUCCAAGUAAACCCUUGGGAGCUCUUACUCUCACUCCAACAGCUCCAGAAAAAAUAUGGUCCAAUAUUCACAGUAUAUUUUGGAUCUCGACCAACUGUGAUGCUUUGUGGAUAUGAUAUGGUAAAAAAGGCCUUAAUAGACAAUAGGGAUGCUUUCAGUGGAAGAGGGAGGAUGCCACUGUCUGAACAUGUGCUGAAGGGACACGGAAUCUUAGGCAGCAAUGGAGAGCGCUGGAAGCAAAUGAGACGCUUUGCACUUACCACUCUUAGAAACUUUGGGAUGGGAAAGAGGAGCAUAGAAGAGAGAAUCCAGGAGGAGGCUCAGUUUCUUGUGGAGGAAUUCAGCAAAACUGAAGGGGAAUUGUUUGACCCUACUUUUCUCCUCGGCUGUGCUGUAUCCAACAUCAUCUGUUCUAUUGUUUUUGGCAAGAGAUUUAGUUAUAAAGAUGAACAUUUUCUGUCUCUCCUCAAGAAUAUCACUGGGACUCUUCGAUUCAUGAAUUCUGUAUGGGGUAUAAUUUUCUUUUACUUCCAUGGGCUUCUGCGACAUAUUCCUGGUCCUCACCAGAAAGGUAUUCAGCAUCUAGUUGACACCAAAGCAUUUAUUCAAGAAAGGGUGAAUGAGAGUAUGAGCACACUUAACCCUGACUCUACACGUCACUUUAUUGACUGCUUUCUGGUUAAGAUGCAACAGGAUCAACAAAAUCCAGCAUCAGAAUUCCAUAAUAAGAAUCUUGUAGGAUCCUCCCUGAACUUGUUCUUUGCCGGGACAGAAACUACCAGUACCACCCUUCGAUAUGGCUUCCUCACUCUACUAAAAUAUCCUCAAAUUCAAGCAAAAAUCCAGGAUGAAAUUGACCAUGUGAUAGGUGAUCGUUGCCCAUCAGCAGAAGAUCGAACCAAGAUGCCCUACACUGAAGCUGUAAUCUAUGAGAUCCAGAGAUUCAGUGAUAUUGUUCCCACAGGGGUUCCCCACUGUACAACUAAGGAUGUCUCAUUUGGAGGUUACACUAUCCCCAAGGGCACAGAUGUGUUCCCACUAUUGACCACUGUACUGAAGGAUCCUGAACAGUUUCCAGAGCCAGAGCUCUUCGCUCCGGAUCGGUUCCUGGACGAUAAGGGAGCAAUAAAGAAACAUUCAGCUUUCUUGCCGUUCUCUGCAGGAAGACGAGUAUGUCCGGGAGAAGGCUUAGCUCGUAUGGAACUCUUCAUAUUCCUGACCACACUCCUACAGAAGUUUACCCUGACCACAGUGGUGCCUACAGAUGACAUAGACUUACGUCCUGAGUUUAGCAGUACAGGCCACCUGCCCCAUUACUACAAGAUGUCUGCAGUUCCUCGUCAUUAACAUUUUACCACUGUUAUGACCAAUUCACAACCAUUCAUAUAGCAACUACCUGUUUUACACUAAUAUUUUUAUAUGGGCUUAAUUAGAAUAACUUUACUAUACUUAUUGCAGGAGAUUUUUGUAAUAUAAAUUAUCAGAAUAUUCUAUUAGCUGUUAUCAACCUUUUGUACAUGACAAUAAAAGAAAGAAAAACAA